GCGAGGAUGACUUGUUACGCGGAGCCUCGUGCUCCGGGGAGCCGCUGUCAGCUUCCCCGAGCGUCCGAGCGCCGUCCGCGCCGCGGCGCCUGACGCGCGAGCGUCACCAACGCACUUGAACUUGAAUCCCAUCCCACUCCGUGGAGAACCCCCCCCCCUCAGCCGCACGCGCACACAAAAGCGCCGGGGCUGCGUGUAGUCUACACGUACACACACACGCGCGCGCGCGCGCGGGGUCCUCCCAGACAGAGCCUCUUUCAUCGUGUGAGUCAACAAGAAGUAGCCUCGACACUAUAGGAAACUGGGAAGCAUUGGACCUCUGCUAGUUGGACGACGACGAGGAGGAGGUGUCUUGUCUGCCCGCAUGCUCUCUCUCGCUCCCGCGCGCGCUCUCUCUCUCAGUCAUCGAGGCUACUGCCACCGGAGCCAAGAGUUGCCGUUGAGCGCACCGAUGCCAAAACGCACAGGAGGACUCCGUGCCAAAGGGUCAUUUUAGCGCACCGCUGCUGAAAUGGAAGGACUGUAGGGAAUCCUAGAAUAAACAGCAGCCGUUUAACCCCAGAUGAUACAAUCAUACCGUUAUAAUUAAGAACAGGCGAAAGGGGAGCGAGCCAAAUAAGAUUUAGUGCUCCGCGCAUCAUCAGUCACAGCGGUCCUCGCAGCGGUGGGCAGUCCGGGAUUUUAUUCUACAAAAGGUCACUGCCAGAAAUACCUGCGCACAAGACGUCGGUCGCCAGCAGCCAGACGCCUCCCCAAACGACACUUUGGCUUCCUCGGCCCAGGUGUCGCUUCCUCCGCAGACGCCGCGGGACACUGUGGACGCACUGGUCUUCCGUCCGCUCCGCGCUCCAGCCACGACUUCUGAGCGCGCGUCAAAGUUGCAGCGGAGCGCCGAGACUCGCGGCGGGAUUAGGAGGAGAGAGAGUUGGUUCACCUGCGACCCAGAGAGGACCGACACCACGGUCCAAGCCGACCCCAAGUGCCGUUCACCGGGCGAUGCUAGAGUAAAUGCCGGGGCAAUGUCCCGCCGCAAGCAGGUGAACCCGCAGCACUUAUCGUUGACGCACAGGGAGACAGUACAAGAGGCCAAUCAUGAGCCAGGGGUGGGAUCUCCGUCUCCAGAGCCCUCCACCCACAGCCCUCGAAGGGCGGCGUCCGGGGAGCACGAUCUGCUGACCUGCGGCCAGUGCCAGACCAACUUCCCGCUGGGCGACAUCCUGGUUUUUAUCGAGCACAAGCGCCGCCUGUGCCGGGGGCCGGGCGGCCGGCCGGGGUCCUUCUCCAAGCCGGGGGAGAGCGGCGGGGUCACGGGCGUUCCCAUCUCUCCUAGGGCCAGGUCACUGGAGCUGGGCAGGGGGGCCGUCCCGGUGGAGGUGGGCGUCCAGGUGACCCCCGGGGGAGAGGAGGACGAGGAGAGGAGGCUGACGCCGGCGAAAGGGAUCUGCCCCAAGCAGGAGCGAGGAGACAAAGAUGAGCCGUCCAGCUACAUCUGCACCACCUGCAAGCAGACCUUCACCAGUGCCUGGUUCCUGCUCCAGCACGCCCAGCACACCCACGGCAUCCGCAUCUACCUGGACAACCACCUGGCCAACUGCUCGCUCACCCCCCGCAUGGCGCUGCCCCCGCCCCCCGGUGCCGACGCCCUGCCCCGCUCCCCCCUCCCCACGUUCCUCGGCGACGCCAGCAACCCCUUCCACCUCCUCCGCAUGGCCGCGCCCCUACUCAGGGAACACCCCCCUCCGCCGGGGUACUUGGAGACCCGGCUGCCCGCCACGCCGCCCUUCGUGAGCCCCCCGCCUCCCCCGAGACCCCCCCUAGAGCGGCUGGGCCCAGAGGAAAUGGGGCUGCUGUCUCAGCACCCCAGUGCCUUCGAGAGGGUGAUGCGCAUGACCCCCAUGGAGCCUCCCUCCAUGGACUUCUCCCGACGACUGAGGGAAUUGGCGGGCAACACAACAAACAAUGGCGGGCCCACUCCUCCCCUUUCACCCAACCGUGUGCCCCCCAUGCAUCGCUUGCUGAGUCCCACCCUUUUUCAACCUGGUGCCAAGCCGCCGCCAUUUCUGAGCUACGCUCAACAGCCGCCUACUGUACAGGGGGGCCACGGCUCCUCCAGCCCCCCCGACACGCAGGGUCAGAACCAGGCCCCGGGAAAAGCCAAGUCCUGUGAGUUCUGCGGCAAGAUUUUUAAAUUCCAGAGCAACCUGAUCGUCCACAGACGCAGUCACACCGGGGAGAGGCCGUACAAAUGCCAUCUAUGUGACCACGCCUGUUCCCAGGCGAGCAAGCUCAAGAGGCACAUGAAGACGCACAUGCACAACAAGUCUGGAUCCAUGAGUGGCUCCCCAGAGCAGGGGAACAGGGGGGAUGUGGGCGAGAACGAGGAAAAGGGCAGAGAGGGAGACUCGAGAGGAGUGGGCAUGGACAAUGAUGAGGAGGAGGAGGAAGAGGAGGAGGAGGAGGAGGAAGAAGAGGAAGAGGAGGAAGAGAUGAGAAAUGGAGGCCGCCCAGAUUCCAACAUGAGCGAAGACUCUCAGGAGUUCAACCAGAACCGGGAGAAUGGGCCCAGACAGUCUCCCGACGGCAAGACGCUGAGUGGGGAGCGAGUGAGCGACAGUGGUGGCGUGAGCAUCAUGCACCCCUACAACCACCUGGACAAUCACCUUAGACUUAACCCCAAUAAGAGGAGCUUGGAGCGACAGCCCAACGGAGACGGCGGCGAGAGGGGCGAGGCCGAGCGAGACAGAGAGAACGAGCGGGAGCCGGACCGGGGUCGCGACGAGCAGCAGGACCAGAGGCCCGUGAUGAACGGCCGCAUCAGCGUCUCGGAGGCGGACGCCUUCCCGGGGCUCUUCCAGCGCCGGCCCACCCCCAUCACCAGCCCGAGCCCGUCCAACAACAAGCGGAUCAAGAUCGAGAAGGAGCAGCUGGAGCUCCCGCCGGCGCUGCCCCUCAUCUCCCCGGAGAACGUGUACUCCCAGCUCCUGGCCGGCUACGCCGCCUCCCGCCACUUCAUCCGGGAGCCCUUCCUGGGCUUCACCGACUCGCGCCAGUCGCCGUUCACCACCUCCUCCGAGCACUCCUCCUCCGAGACGGGCAGCCUCCGCUUCUCCACGCCGCCCGGCGAGCUGAUGGAGGGGGGCAGCGCCUCCGGCCGCAGCGGCAGCAGCACCCCCCACCUCAUGCGGGGCCCGGGGCCCGGCCGGCCGCCCAGCUCCAAGGACCGGAGGAACGACACCUGCGAGUUCUGCGGCAAGGUGUUCAAGAACUGCAGCAACCUGACGGUGCACCGCCGCAGCCACACGGGCGAGCGGCCCUACAAGUGCGACCUGUGCAGCUACGCCUGCGCCCAGAGCUCCAAGCUGACGCGCCACAUGAAGACCCACGGGCAAUUCGGGAAAGAGGUAUAUCGCUGCGACAUCUGCCACAUGCCCUUCAGUGUGUACAGCACACUGGAGAAACACAUGAAGAAGUGGCAUGGGGAACAUUUGAUGGCCAGUGAGGUCAAAUUGGAGCAGGCGGACAGAGGUUGAAGCAGUCACGCAGCCUACAGUGUACACAAACACACACACACACACACACACACACACACACACACACACACACACACACACACACACACACACACACACACACAGAAAUUAGUUAUAACCGCUCUUCAGCUAAGGGCCUUGGCUGGAUGAUCUCUUAAAAAAAUUUGAGACUGAUUGAUGUUCAUCUUUUUUUCUUGUCACAGAAACUGCCACCUGAGAAUAUAAACAAAGGGAAACUUUAAUGAGAACUUGUCUGAGAUGCCCAACUCGGUGUUUCUUGGCAAACCGUCUGAGGAUUUUAUCAGUUAGGAAUCCAUGGAGCCUUUCUACUGUGCAAUAAUUUCUGUAUUUAUUGGAUUUUUGUAAUGAUAUUUGGCAUGUGCAGGUACAUCUUUGUGGGAUUUCAUAUGGAGUUAGUUUUGAAAUGUGCUAAAAAAUCCUUUUUUCUUUUCUUUUUUAAAAUGCGAUAACUGGAAAGAAGUCACCCUUAGUACAAAAUUUUCUUUUCUUCCUUUAAGAAAGCUUAAUAUCACGUGAGAGUAAAAUAGUGUGAAGCAGUAAGCUUUUAAAGUAAAAAGAAUUGUUUUCUAUAUUAACUGCAGCAGCGGAUUACAAUCCAUCCCCUCAUACAGGCCUGAAGCACUGAAUGUCAACCUGACAAUAAAAACACCCUGCUGGAUUUAAAAAAAAUCCAACAUAGUCUUAUAGACUGAAUAAGUUACUUUGGUUAAUUUAUUCAGGGGAUUUGUCCUUUUUAAUAUCGGCGUGUGACUAAUUUCAAAAUGCAGUUACUGUAUUGCUGUCCUUGAUUCAGUCGGGACAUAAAUAAAGGUUGCACUUAAUGGCGGUAUCCUUAACUGAUGCUCAGUACAUUCCCACUGUAGGUUAAACCACCAUAUUUAAUAUGUUGAAUAAGUUAAGACUACUUGUGAUUAAUGUGAGAAGGAGAACAGUCCUGUUUAUGGUUUGUAAAUAUAUGCUUUUUUUAUACAUGUUAACGUAGCCCCGACCGUACGUGAACAAUGGCCUAAACCUAAACAAUCAGACGACCAGCUGCUUGCAUUACCCACAGUAUAUAAGUGUAACUACCAUUCCAUUAUUGCUUUAUCAGGCCCACUCCAUUAACCCAACCCCCCCCCCCCCCCCCCCCCCUCCCUCGACCCCGUGUGUCCUCGCUAAAACACAAUUGGUUAACUAAAAACGACUUCAACACUUUCUAAAUCGCUCUGUUCUACCUCCUACAUGUGGCGGCGCCGUCUCUCCCCGACCCGGGUCGACCCCCCGGCGCCCCCGGUUUCGCGAGCCCGCGAAUGAAGCCCCCAUCGCUACGUGUUAGCGCGCGUGUUAUUCCAUCUGCGGCGCGCUCUAAGCUGCUCUCCGACGGCGUCCUUUCACAGUUCACUAGCUCAGAUUCGUGCAUUAGGGCGGCUUUCAAAAGGGAAGCCUGUUCAUUCGCUUCACAAAGUGAUACGGGUUUAACUCCCAGUAACAGAUUCUGAGACAGUGUGCGUGUUCGGGACUUUUGGGGAUUAGGUUUUUUUAUUUUCUGCAUCGUUCAUCCUGAAAUGAAUCUGGCUCAAAAAAAAAUGACUAUAUGAGUUAUGAUAAUUUGAGCACAACUGCACUUGGGGACGGCCGGGCGACCUUGAGUAGGGGCUAUUCUUAUAGUAAAAAUGAAAGCUUGGGACUGAGAAAUGAAGAAGUGUGAGAAAGAAAUGGAGGGAGAGAGAGCAAGACCUUGACCAGGGAGUACAGUCAUUCAAAUGAAAUUGGAAGCAUAUGAAAAGUGUGUUCUUUUUGUUUUUUCUAUUGUAAAUGCACAUCUAGCGGCCACAUCUUAUAACAGGCCCAUCAGAGUGAGACAGAGCGAGCGUGAGAGGGAGGGAGACAGCGAAGCCACAUGAAAGGAGAUUGAGACUAUAUCUUUCAUUUUAGCACUGCAAUUCUCAAUCAUCAAAAAUCAUCUUCACUUGAAGGUUUGACCUGCUUUCUCGGCCUGUCGUCAGGUUCGAAGUGCGCCAUUUUGUUCGGUGAGAAAAGGGAGUAUGAGGUACCUUCAAUGCAAAUUCCUUCCUCUUUUUGUCAUUAACGUUUUUAAAAACAGAAGUAAUGUUAAGGUCACAGUAGCGCUCUAUAAGCUAUUCAGUCGCCACGCGGUUCGGAAUAUUUUUAGUGAAUUAAGAGAAAAAUCUGUGCGAAGAAAGAGAAAAAUAAACCGUAUCUGGUUGUAGACGCGCGACGUAUUCAUCCCAGAAUACGCACUUCAGUCCGGCCAAAUGAGCCACACAGCUAAUAAAUGAUGAACCGUGGACCCCUGACAGAGAUCCAAAUAACACACGGACAUUCAGUCUUACAAUAUGUUUACAGUGUUGAAGUAUGCCAUUAAUGAAUUACUCUGUGUAAGUGUUUAAAAUGAUAAUAAAGUAUUGUUUUCUCCAAUGUUCUUUCAGAUGUUUUUUGAAUGCCAUAUCAGUUUUGUAUGAUUAUCCUGGUGGAGGGGUUUUAUCUUCAUGAAUAUGUUUCUGUAUGAUUACUUGUUCACUGUAUGGGAAGACCAUUUUAAAGUGUAAUGUUGCAGAGUCAUGCCAGAUUCUCUCUCUCUCUCUUUCUCUCUCUCUCUUUUUAACAACAGUGGUGCCAUUAAUGACUUUUAGUCUCCUUGAAAAUUGAAAGAACUUUAUUUUUAUGUUGGUUUUUUUAUUUUUUUUGUGAGUUUCCUGUUGUUGGUUUGGUGAAGCUAUCCUUCAUGGAUGUAAAACAAGACUUAAAAAAGAAAUGAGAAGAAUUAACCUAAAGGAGGAGCCUUCCGCAGGGGGAUACUAGUGUUCUUUCCCCAAAUCCCCGCCACGAGGCGUUCAUGGACGUUCUGUUACUCCCCCACAUGCUUGGUUGAAGGUCAUGUGAUGGCACUUAACAACUGUAAUUUAAAACAUUGUCAUUGUCAUUUUUCACGUUUCACGCUGUUCACAUACACUCUUUGUACAAACAUGAUUUCCUUGUUCUUUUCUUUUUUGAGGGGGGAGUGCAUCAUUGUGAAAAAAGUGAUUUCAGAACAGUACACAUCUGCUGUUUUGAACAUAUAUGUAUUUUUGUAAUGUGUUGAAAAAUCAAUACAAGAAAGCCAACACUUCAAUAAAUGUUGCAAUUGCUCUAUGA